AAUAAACGCCAAUAUCUGAAUCUAAAGUACAAGCUCUACAGAAGUAAAGGACAAUAAUCUCAUUAAGCCUGGCAUCUGUGGAUUUGUAACUAUUUUUUUUCCCCAAUUUACAAAGCAGAAAUAAAAAGAAAGGAUAGACAAUUCAGCAUUGCACUGUUAUAAACUGUUAGUGGAUUAAUUAUGUUAUCCUGGCACAGCCGAAAGUCUUAUUGUCUCACCCACUGCAUCAGUGACAUGAUGAGGUAACGGAUUUCAAGUGACUGCAACAAGAGGACCAGUUCAACACUUGCUUUGCCAAACAACAUUUCACACUUUCCCGGAGAUCUAAGCAAAGGUGGACUUUGGAUUUUUUUUUUUUUUUUCUCUCUUGGCAAAUUCACAAUUGCAGUUGUGGGUAGUGUGCGUUGGCUGUAUGAAUGAAUGGUGCUAAUUCCUUCACCAACGUUCUCCCUGAUGCUGCUGUAAAGACACCCUUGUGUAGUGUGGAUGGUCAUGGAUCAAUUUGCUUUAAAAGAGGACUGAGGCUUUCUCAGUAGUGACUGAGAUGAUACCAGGUUUGCGCUUCAUUCCUCUCAAGCUCACAGAAGAAUGAGAUGACUACACACCAUGAGGACGCGUUUAAAGUACUCAGCAUCCCCGCAAUAACCUCUGCUGAUUGCUAAAAUAUUGUGUAUGCAGAGCAGGUUUCCACACAGCCUCCGUUAUUUUUUAUAAAUAUAUAUACAUUUCUCUUAUUACGUUAAUUCUGGCAUCAAAGCUCAGUCUACAUAUUCAAGUACUGAUUAACUUUAAAAGGAAGGAUCUGAGCUAUCAUCUCCUGGCAUAGUGAGUGUAUAUAUGAUUUUGGUUCAUUUGUUGUAUAGGUUUUCUUUUUUUAUUUUCAUAUCACACACAAGUCACCUCUUGUUCUUAUACCCCAUCCACUACAGGAAAGGACUAUGUGGUUGUGGGUAAGCAAGGAGAUGGAAUUAUUGCACCUUUUGCUAUUGCUUGCUGUGUCCUGGACUCGAACUCGAGCCCUGAUUAAUUUGAAAUAUACAGUGGACGAGGAGCAGAGAGCUGGGACUGUGAUUGCCAAUAUUGCCAAGGAUGCUAAAGACGCUGGUUUUGUGUUGGACCCCAGGCAACCUGCUUUCAGAGUGGUCUCCAACUCAGCUCCACACCUAGUGGACAUCAAUUCAUCAGGCUUGUUGGUUACUAAGCAGAAGAUAGAUCGGGACAUGCUAUGUAGACAGAGCUCAAAAUGUGUGAUCUCAUUGGAGGUCAUGUCCAACUCUAUGGAGAUUUGUGUCAUUAAAGUGGAGAUUAAAGACCUCAAUGACAAUGCUCCCAGUUUUCCGACAGACCAAAUCGACUUGGAAAUCUCAGAAACAGCCAGUCCUGGCACUAGGAUCCCCCUGGAGAGUGCAUAUGAUCCUGACUCUGGUAAUUAUGGGGUUCAGACUUAUGAAAUUACCCCAAAUGACCUGUUUGGUUUAGAAAUCAAGACUAGGGGAGAUGGGUCCAGGUUUGCAGAACUAGUAGUAGAGAAAUCUCUGGAUAGGGAAACACAGUCUCACUACAGCUAUAUUAUAACAGCCCUGGAUGGCGGUGACCCAUCAAAUUUUGGUACAGUGGAGCUAAACAUUAAAGUGAUAGAUUCCAAUGACAACAAUCCCGUAUUUGAAGAGGCUGCUUACACUGUCAAUGUUCCCGAAAACUCCCCUCUUAACACCCUGGUUAUUAACCUCAAUGCUACAGAUCCAGAUGAAGGCACAAAUGGUGAGAUAGUCUACUCUUUUAACAGCUAUGUGUCUGACAAAACUAGGGAACUCUUUAAGAUUGACCCAAAAUCUGGAGUGAUAACAGUCAGUGGAUCCAUAGAUUAUGAGGAAGGACAUGUUUAUGAAAUUGAUGUUCAAGCCAAGGAUUUGGGACCUAAUUCAAUCCCUGCUCAUUGCAAAGUGACUGUAAAUGUGUUGGAUGUCAAUGACAAUGUGCCUGUGAUCAACUUGCUCUCAGUCAACAGCGAGCUUGUGGAAGUCAGUGAGAGUGCUCCUCCUGGGUAUGUCAUAGCGCUAGUCAGGGUCUCUGAUAGGGACUCUGGCAUCAAUGGCAGGGUUUUGUGCAAGUUAUUGGGCAAUGUUCCAUUUAGACUCCAGGAAUAUGAGAGCUUCUCAACCAUCUUAGUAGAUGGGAGGUUAGACAGAGAACAGAGGGAUCAGUAUAACCUAACCAUUCAGGCAAAGGACAGUGGUAACCCUUCCUUACAAUCCACUAAAUCAUUCACUGUAAAAAUCACAGAUGAGAAUGAUAACCAUCCUCACUUCACUAAAACGUUUUACGAAGUACCAGUGCAAGAGAACAACACUCCUGGGGCCUUCCUGUUGACUGUUAAGGCCAGAGACCCAGAUUUAGGAAUAAAUGGGACCGUGUCUUACCAGCUGGUGUCAUCUCAAGUUAGGGACAUGCCAGUCUUCACUUAUGUUUCAAUCAACCCAACAACAGGGGCCAUCUAUGCACUGAGGUCCUUUAACCACGAGCAGACAAAAACGUUUGAAUUUAAAAUCUUAGCCAAAGAUGGGGGUAACCCAUCUCUCCAAAGCAAUGUCACUGUCAAAAUAAAAGUGCAGGAUGAAAAUGACAAUACUCCUGUAAUAAUUGCCCCAAAUCUAGUCAAUGGAACUUCUGAAGUGAACAUCCCCAGGAAUGCUGGGGUUGGCUACUUAGUCACAAUUGUCAAAGCGGAGGACUAUGAUGAGGAGGAAAAUGGAACAUUGUCCUAUGAGAUCUCAGAAGGGGACCGAGGAUUUUUUGAAAUUGACCAAGUCAACGGUGAGGUUAGGACCACCAGGACAUUUGGUGAGAACUCAAAGAAAACGUAUGAGCUCGUUGUAGUGGCACGAGAUCAUGGCAAAACUCCCCUGUCUUCUUCUGCCCUGAUUUUAAUAUACCUGUCCCCUGCUAUGGAUGCUCAAGAGUCCAUAGGAUCUGUAAAUCUGUCCCUUAUUUUUAUCAUUGCCUUGGGAUCUAUUGCAGCGAUACUGUUUGUCACUAUGAUAUUUGUGGCUGUGAAAUGUAAAAGGGACAAUAAAGAAAUAAGAACCUACAAUUGCAGAAUAGCUGAAUACUCCUAUGGACACCAAAAGAAGUCCAACAAGAAGAAAAAAAUCAGCAAGAAUGAUAUUCGUCUGGUUCCCCGGGAUGUGGAAGAAACCGAUAAAAUGAAUGUGGUGAGCUGCUCCUCCCUUACUUCAUCCCUAAACUACUUUGACUACCAUCAGCAGACGCUUCCCCUUGGUUGCAGACGCUCAGACAGCACUUUUCUAAAUGUGGACAACCAGAACACAAGAAACGCAGGGUCCAACCAUGUCUAUCAUCACACGUUCACGAACCAGAGCCCUCCUCAGCCUGAUCUUAUCAUUAAUGGGAUGCCACUGCCAGAGACUGAAAAUUACUCAUUUGACACAAACUAUGUGAAUAGCAGAGCACAUCUGAUCAAAAGCAGUUCAACCUUCAAGGACUUAGAGGGGAACAGUCUCAAGGACAGCGGGCAUGAGGAGAGUGACCAAACGGACAGCGAACAUGAUGUCCAGCGGGGUUUAUACUGUGACACCGCUGUCAAUGACGUGCUGAACACUAGUGCAAACUCAAUGGGGACUCAGCUACCAGACCAAGAUCAGAACGAAGGAUUUCAUUGCAGGGAAGAAUGUCGGAUUCUAGGUCAUUCUGACAGAUGUUGGAUGCCCAGAGUCCCUAUUCCAAAUCGUGCAAAGUCCCCAGAGCAUGGAAGAAAUGUGAUUGCACUUUCAAUAGAAGCCUCUAAUGUGGAGACACUACCAUUUGAAGACUGCAAUACAAAAAGAACUUUUGCAACAUUUGGCAAAGAUGGAAAUGAGCAUGCUACUGAUGACAGGGCCACUUUAAAAGGGAAAAGGACAGUGGACUUGCCAAUCUGCAGUCCUAAGGUAAACGGUGCCAUUCGUGAAGCCGGCAAUGGCUGCGAAACCAUAAGUCCUAUCACCUCUCCUCUACAUCUAAAGAACCCUCUGCCAACCAAACCCCCGGCACCCUACAACACAAAGCAGUGCCCAGGGAAACGUGAUGUGGAGCCAUUUGUAAAUAAUGGUCCCUCUCGGCCUUUAGAAGCAGAGCCCAGGGGGGCGGACAGUGAGAACGUAAUGCAUGAAAUCAACCCAUUACUGCAGGAAUGUCGAGAAAAGGACACUUUGGGAGUGAAGAGACUAAAAGACAUUGUCCUCUAAGGAUCAAACCUACUGAAGGAAGAAUGACUCAAAAAGAAAACCAGUACAGUUUGUUUUUAAUUGCUUACCAAUGGUUCACAAAUUGCUGUAUUUAAAGCUUUCCCUAAAUGUAUUGUUUAUAAAUAAAGCUAUUGUUAUGUGACAAUCCCAAACGUUUCAACAUUUAGCAGGGGUGUUCAGUGCAAGUAAAGCCUUCCCGUAAAUGCCAUUUUCAUCCUUUUUUUUUUUUUUUUUUUUCUUUUUCUUGCUCUGGUCAUGGAUACUGUUAUAAACAUAACUGUACAAAGUAUUAUGUAUGUAUUAAGUAUUUUGAAUUUAUAUAUUUUUAUAAACAUAUAUAUAUAUAUAUAUAUAAUUAUAAUAUAAAUUAGCAUUAUUUGUACAGAAUAAAAAAAAUAAAAAAAUAUUCAGAUACCACAAUCAAAUUUCCUUGCUAUAGAUUUAUACCAUAGUUAAAAAUAAAAAAAUAAAACAUAAUAUUUCACCCAUUACUUGUGUGGUAUUCAAAAUUUUGAUGAGGUGAGUUAUGGCUUAUGAAUGAAUCCUAGUAAUUUAUUUUAUAUUAAGUUGCUUUUUGCUGUGGACACCCCUGCAUUAAAGGUCCUUUUGCUGUUACAUGCGAUCUGUACUAUUAAUGUAUUUGAUAUUUAAAAUUUGUCCCGUGAUGGCAAAAGGCAAAAAUAGAACCUAAAAAAAAAAAAUUAAACAAUCAGUAAUUAUUUUUUAUACCUGUGUCUAACUAACGCAGUUUUCCUGCAUUUUCUUUUGUGGGGGGGAGGAGUAACCAAGGGCACUUUUUGUCCUUUGGAGUUGCAAUUAAAUCUACUGGUUUUAACCAGUGCAUUCAUGGGAUGUCAUUUGUUAUUUAACCAUUCAGUUCCGUGAGGUUUUUGUGAACAGUUUUUGGACACUCAUAAAUCUCAUAAUCUGACUUAAAGCAAUGCUUUGCUAGGAAGGUAUUGCUCUUUAUCAAUGUACAACUCAAGGUCCUAACACCCAUGUUAGAGAAUUUUUCUACUUUCACAUAUUCAUUGUCUCAAUCAAUCUCGUCUUUAUGUUUUCUCCAUGGUGGAAAUGUCACCAAGUUGAUUAAAUUUAUAUUGCGUAUGUAGUAUCUUUUCAUCUUCUGGAUUCUUCCCAGUGCUGAAAAUAUUUCUAAAAAUGUUCAGAUAUAAAAUUAUGUUUUUUGAAAAACUGUAAAUUAUAGAAAGAGUUUACAUAAUAUUCUGUUUGUAAAAUAGUCUAAAAAAAAAAAGAUAUGUGACAGACAAAUGUUACAAAAAUUCACUUAAUGGACGGUGAAAAAAUAAGGUCAAAGAAUUAAAAGGUUUUUAAUUUCAAAA